AUGAAAUUAGAUAUAUCUUAUAUGAGAUAUUUGACUCCUGAAGAUUUUAAAGUCUUGAAAGGUGUUGAGCAAGGAUCUAAAAAUCAUGAAGUCGUACCGACCUCUUUAAUUAAUAAUCUAUCCGGUUUAAAAUCACCUUCUGCUACCAAUAAAUCCAUUGCUGAUUUGGCUAAACUUAAAUUGAUUUCAAAACAUAGAAAUUCUAAAUAUGAUGGGUAUAAAUUAACUUAUAAUGGUAUUGAUUAUUUAGCCAUGAACUCAUUAUUAUUACAUGAUACCAUUUAUUCUAUUGGGCAUAUGAUUGGGAUUGGUAAAGAAUCUGAUAUUUAUAAAGUCAGUGAUAAAUCUGGUAACACAAGAGUUAUGAAGAUUCAUCGUUUGGGUAGAACUUCUUUCCAAACUGUCAAAAAUAAUAGAGAUUAUUUGAAAAAAAAUUCCAAAAUAGGUACUAAUUGGAUGGUUCUUUCAGGGUUGGCUGCAUUGAAGGAAUAUCAGUUUAUGUCUAUUUUAUAUUCAAAUGAUUUUAAAGUUCCAAAACCAUUUGAUAAUUCUCGUCAUAUAAUUAUUAUGGAAUUAAUUGAAGGUUACCCUAUGAGAAGAUUACGUUCUAAAAAUCAAUUAAAAUUAGCAAAAUUGUAUAAUGAAUUGAUGUGUUUUAUUGUUAAAUUAGCUGACCAUGGUUUAAUUCAUUGUGAUUUUAAUGAAUUUAAUAUUAUGAUUAAAGAAAUUAAUAAUUCGAAUACAGAUAAUAAUACUACAUAUACUAAUAAAAAUAAAAAUAGCGAUGAUUUUGAUUUAGAUUUUACAGUUAUCGAUUUCCCACAAUGUAUUUCAAUUAAUCAUGCUUAUGCAGAAUAUUAUUUUAAAAGAGAUGUGGAUUGUAUUAGAAGAUUUUUUAAGAAAAAACUUAAAUUUGAACCAAUUAUUGAUGAUUCCAUGGUUGAUGUAUCUGGGUUUGGUAAUGGGUUCAAAUAUCCAUAUCCGGUAUUCGAAAGAGAUGUGACACGUACACAUUCUCUUGAUAAGUUAUUAAAGGCAUCAGGCUAUAAUCAAAAUGCAAAUAAUAAUAAUAAUAAUGCUUCAGAUUCCUUAGAAGAUGCCAUUGAUGGUAUGAGAAAUCAUAAUGAUUACAAUUCAGAUAGCGAAACAAAUGAUGGUUAUUCAUCAGAGGAUUCUAAAGACGAAUAUGGUUAUUCUGAUGAAUAUUCUGAUGAAGAAAGUUCUGAAGAAGAGGACGAUCAAGAUGAAGAGAAUGAAAGGAUUAUUGAAGCAUUAUCCUCAGGUGUCACAAAUUUGAAAAUGGAUAAAUUAGGUAACUACAUUUUAGAUGACUGA